AUGGACACUGUUAUCCCUUUAACUAAAGAGGUUUUCACAGACUCUGAGAUAGUAAGCAAAUUGGCAGUACGACGAACUAAAGCCUCUCUUUGUAUAAAAAAUGCUUUAGGUAACAACUUGGCCAAUAUUGUGUUUGAUGCACUGAGAGUUCCUGGCGCUUUCUUCUCCAUAAUUAUGGAUGAAACUACAGACUGUAGUACUAUUAAACAGCUUGCGUUCACAGUUAUUUAUUUUAAUGUUGAAAGCAACAAAGUUGAGACCCAUUUUUUUGAUAUGAUAGAGGCCAAAUCCGGAGAUGCCAUAUCUUUAGUGAAGUAUUUAACAAAUGUGAUAGAAUCAAAAGAAAUACCACUAUCGAAUCUCAUAGGCUUCUGUUCAGAUACUACGAACGUAAUGAUUGGAGAGCACAACUCAGUGUUUUCUCAUUUGAAAGCCGCAUUACCUAGCAUAGCGUGCAUCAAAUUUCCCUGCCAUUUAAUACAUUUAGCAGCAUCUAAAGCAUGCUUAAAAUUCCCACGAUCUGUCGAAGAUCUUAUGAGAAACUUGGGGUCGCACUUCAGCCGCAGCUCCUUUAGACAAGAAAAAUUCGCAGUUUCAAGCUUUUUUUCAAUGUGA